AUGGAUAAAAUAAAUUACUCUUUUUGUUAUGAUGGAGACGAUUUUACGGUAAAUGUGGAAAAGCAAACACUAUCUGGAUGUGCAUGGCUUCCACCAGAUGGAAAUCCACAAUAUAUUGUCGUUUUCAUUCAUGAUAUUGGCUCGUUUGUUACUCACAAUCAUGAUGUUUUUGAUGUUAUUACAGCUAAUAGAGGUGCUGUUUAUGCAUGUGAUCAUCUUGGUCAUGGACGCUCCCCAGGCCCAAGAUUAGGAUGCAAAAUUCAAGAUAUUAUUAAAGAAAUAGGAGCAGUAAUUCAUUUUGCAUCCACUCAACAUCCAAAUACGCUUAUUUAUUUGUAUGGACAAGGUGCAGGUGCUUUAGCAAUUAUGAAAUUUGUUUUGGAUAAGCCAACGAACGCAGAUUCCAUCUCAGGAAUAUUACUUGAAUCUCCGUGGUUAACACCCUGGUCUCAAAAUAGAAUUGGCCUUGCAAAAACGUGCUUUUAUCAAUUAUUAGAUCACAUAUCUCCCUAUAAUAUUCUAGACACAGGAUUUACAAGGUAUUCAGAGAACACAGACCCAAACUACGUUGAAAUUUCCGAGAAAUGCCCAUUGUAUUUGCCAUAUAUCACUCCACAUUUAUAUCUUUCAGCGAUGAAAGCCAUUACAAAUGUUCGCAAUAAGAUCGAGAGACUUCCCUCAACUAUACACAUCAUGAUGUGCAUUGGCCAAUACGAUACAGUGUUCGAUCCAUUGGAAUUGAAAGAAAUUAUGUCUUACAUGAAGUCAACACUCAAAAAUUUUGAAGGAAAGACAUACAAUUGCGGACAUCUCAUUACAAAAGAAAACGAACGCUCAUUAUUUUUAGAUAAUGCGAUCGAUUUCUUCACCGUAACAAAGAAAAAGCGCUAUUCAGGAGCUAAUUAA